UCGCUAUGUCUGCCCUGCGCGGGGGUGCCCGCGGGAGUCUUCGAGCUCAAGCGCAGCAGCUCCGGUCAAGGCCUCCAAGCAGCAAAAGAACGAUACGCGUCUGAAGAAGAGGAUCGGAGGACAUCUCAAGCUGAACGACCUUAUGGAGAGAGCGAAUACGAGGAAGAAGAGGAGGUGGACGAGACGGUGCGGGAAGAUAUGAGUAAACUGGAAGACACCUUUCCAGGUAUUUCAGAACGAUUCCGACUGAUCAAUCGGAUUGGAGAAGGGACGUUCUCUACCGUGUACAAGGCCGAGGAUCUACUUUACGACCAUUACCAUAACGACUGGGAUAUUUUCAGCCAGGCGCAAGAGCAAGAGCAAGAAGAAUGGGACAAUCCCCCGUCAAAAAGGCGCCGGGUAGAUGGGAAUUCUGGAGGACGCAAGAAGGCUCGAUUCGUGGCGCUCAAGAAGAUCUAUGUCACAAGUAGCCCAGUUCGCAUCCAGAACGAAUUGGAGCUUCUCCAUGAUCUUCGAGGGUGCAAAUCCGUGUGUCCUUUGAUCACAGCCUUCCGGUAUCAAGAUCAGGUUGUAGCAGUCCUGCCCUACUUUCCGCAUACCGAUUUUCGCAUUCAGUACCGCACGUUCAUGGUAGCAGACAUGCGCCACUAUCUGCGGUCACUUAUAACGGCACUGAAGUCGGUCCACGAACAUGAAAUCUUGCACCGAGAUAUCAAGCCAACCAACUUCCUUUACAAUCCUGAGUUGAAAGAAGGUGUUCUUGUUGACUUUGGUCUGGCCGAGCGGCAGGGUUCCGAGUACAGCAGCCCAUGCCUGUGCUCUCACCAGAACUAUGUCCGCCGCAGCCGGAUACUAACCAGCUACUUUUCCAAAAACCCGCCAUCGAAUGGCAUUUCAAGCGGUUAUCCCAAGGCCGAUUCCAGGCCAUCAAGGCGUGCAAACCGCGCCGGAACACGUGGCUUCCGAGCACCGGAGGUCCUAUUUAAAUGCACUUCACAGACAACCAAAAUCGACCUGUGGUCAGUCGGCGUGAUUCUUCUUACAUUGCUUGGACGCCGUUUCCCAUUCUUCAACUCGGCUGACGACAUUGAUGCUAUGAUCGAAAUGUCAAGCAUCUUCGGUACUCGGCGGAUGAAGACAGCCGCCGCUAUGCACGGGCAAAUCUUUGAAACCAAUCUGCCCACCAUUGGAGAAAAGGGAUACAGCUGGGAGAAGCUGGUCAAAUGGUCCAGCUGCGUGGAAGACUUGACUGAAAGCGAGUCUCAAGCGACCCGUCUGCUGGGCGGAUUAAUGGAACUCGACCCGUCCAAACGCUUGAGCGCCGAGGAGGCUCUGAAUCAUGAGUUCUUUACGGACCCCGUUCUCCACGAUGUGGAAUGGGGCGGCCACCCAGAGGAUGCCAGCGUUGAUUCGGAGGAGGAUGACGAAGCGGGCGAAGACGAGGCCGAUGAGGUCGCCAUGCUAUGA